AUGGCCGCAGAAUCGACAGAAAGCUACUAUGGCGCCCCCGAUAACGGUUUUCGACGGCAGCGUGCACACCACACCAGAGCCCGGACAGGCUGCGAUACUUGCAGGAUCCGGCGGGUUCGAUGUGAUGAGCAAAAGCCGUCUUGUAAUCGUUGCGUCUCGACUGGUCGGAGGUGUGAUGGAUAUGCAAAUAACUUCCAGCCAUUAGUCGCUCAACAUUCAAGAGGCUCCUCUCAGGCCAGGUCGCGGACGCAACGGCAAGGUUUGGCACCCAUCCCCCAAUCCCUCGGGGUGCCGCUACCCAGACACAACGGUCAAGAGCUACGAAGCUUUCACUUCUUCCUCGAUGUCACGGCGCCCGUAAUUGCCGGCGUCUUCGAUGCCGACUUUUGGUUAACCGACAUCCCGCGGACUUGCCACUUGGACCCGGCCAUUUGGCAUGCCGCGGUGAGCCUCGGAGCGGUGCACGAAAGCUACAUCGCGAGUCAAGGUGCUGCCCAGGAACCGACAGCAUUUUCUCUUCAGCAGAUGAAUGCUGUGGUCAGACACUUGGUACAUCUCCCGUCUUCGCGGACUGUGCUGGAAGAGAGAUCACGGGCCCUCACCGCAAGUGUGAUAUUCACCUACCUGUACAGCAUUCAAGGGCUCUAUUCCCAGUCCGGCCUCCAUCUUGGGGCGGCCAAGAAUCUAAUCCAAGAAAUCGAGGGCCGCAGGAAACGGGAAUCCAGGUCCGCAACCGCCCAGCUCGUGGGCUCGAACGCAGCACUCACGCCACCUGAAUGUUUCACAAGGAAUGCACUCCCAUACACCUUGAAGCCUCUUCUGUCCGUCGUCGCGAACCUCGAGGUCCAUUCCCAAGCCAUCCAGAACGGUGGCGUGAGUGUAACGCCUGCUAUUUUCGGGGAAGCCGACAUACAUACCGCCUGGAGAUACUACACCGCACCAGCUAGGAUAAGCUCCUCCAGACUCUGCCAACACGGCAAAUGCGUGCCAUCUCGGGCAACUCCUGCGAACCUUUCUCGUGCGGGGCGAGCCUUUGAGUCGCUGCUGAACGCGCUAGUGACCCUAUCGCAACAGAAUUCAGCAGAGGUGGCGCGUUUGGUGUUGAAAGGCGAGGAUGCUCUCCUAUCAACUCUUAUCCGCCACCAGCAGCCCCACAGCCGCGCAUUUCGGGAAUUGGAUAUUGCCAUCAGCGUUUUCGCUAGGGACACCGCUGACGAGUGCAUGUGCUUUGGGCUUGCUAAUCCCGCACCUACACAGCAUCAAAAGAAGGCGAUAGAUGCUCUCAGGCUUUACCACGCGACCUGUUACCCGCCGGCCCACGACUCUGUGGAUGAGAACGCUCUCCACCUAGACCCUCGAGCUGCCCUCGCGGGGCACGUCGCCCGCACGCUAGAUAUAGCUGAAUCUAUACUGGGCGACGAGUCUCCACCAGCAAGAGCUGACGCGUCAAACUUUACGCCUACGCUCCCUACGACACAGCCGCUGUUUAUCAUGGCACAUAUCCACGGGCUGGCGCCGACGUUGCGACGGCGGGUCAUAGAAUUACUGCGCCGGUAUCCCCGGCGUGAAGGACUGUAUGACAGCGUAUUUGCAGCAGCACUGGCGGAGUUGAGCGUGGAGCAAGAGCGCGCGCUUGCCGCUCAAGCGGGAAAAGGGUGCGACGGGGGAUUGGAGGCCACGUCAGUACCACCACUUGCAUCCAAGUUAUACGGGGCGGCUGUGACGUUCACGGGGGCGCAUUCGGCACGGGUGAUGAUGCAGACGUGGGCAGAUUGGGUUGCGGACAAGCCAGGGCAGGAAGUAGCGUUAUCCUGGUAA